AUUCAACCGCCUGUAAUUCAGGACGGUCAUUAUACAUACUGACACAACCUGAAGUGUAGUAAGAUUAAAACAAGACUUUACAGGAAACACGGGAUUACUACUAUCACCAUGGAGACAAAGACUGCCUUGGUAACGGGCUCCACAAGUGGCAUGGGCCUAGGUGUGGCCACAUCUCUGGCACAGAAAGGCUAUCACGUGAUCAUGUGUGGGUCAAGGUCAACGGAGGAGGCUUUGGAGGCAAUUAACAAGGUCAAGAGUUCUGCGCUCCAAAGUGUCGACUAUGUCCAGUCUGACCUGAAGACAGAGGCUGGAAUGGUCAGUCUAUGUAAGGAGGUGGACCGUAUUUGUCCGGAUGGCGUCGACGUACUGGUCAACAACGCAGGAAUGCAACAUGUCACUCCUGUAGAGGACUGCACGCUAGCAAAGUGGAACGAGGUGGUCGCCAUCAAUCUUACGGCGCCGUUUUAUCUUAUCAGCCAUUUUGUCCCCCGAAUGAAGCAGAAGGGCUGGGGUCGCCUGAUCAAUGUGUCUUCUAGGAUGGGGCUGGUGGCUUCAGCCAACAAAUCCCCGUAUUGUGCUACGAAACAUGGAGUAGUAGGCAUGACGAAGGCAGUGUCCUUGGAAACCGCUCCAUACGGAAUCACGUGUAACGCCAUCUGUCCUGGCUGGGUUGAUACGCCCUUUGUGCAGGCUCAGGUAGAAAACGUCGCCAGCCAACAGAAUAUUUCCAUAGAUGACGCAAAGAAACGUCUAUUUUGUGAUUCACAGCCGACAGGAAAACCAGUACAGGUUUCUCAGAUUGCUGAGCUCGUAUUGUUUCUGUGUUCUCCCGGGGCUGACAGUAUGACUGGGACAUCAUUCGUCAUGGAUGGAGGCACCAGCGCCAAGUAAUAAGUCAGUUCAACACUGUGACGUCAUUCAAGAGGACACUGAGCAAUCAAAUAGGUCCUAAUAGGUGUAUGGAAUUAAAUAUUGCUUAACAUGACGCUAAUUUACUAUCCGUUAAAUAAACAUGUACAUCUCUGAUGAAUCGGUGAAUAUUGUUUCUGUAAUAUGUAUGACGUAGCUGCUCACGCGUUUGAUAAUGCAAUUAAUGCACAAGACGUUCUCACUACGGUGUUCGAUAUAUUUUGUAGUGCGUUUCACUACCUUUUUCUCAAUAUCUCCGUUAUGACAUAUACAUUGAUCCAUCGACCAUAUAAAUUGAC